UAUUAUGCAGCAAUGUGUUUAUUGUUUUUAAGCGGCAGUCGUCUUCGUGGGGUUAAUUUUUCAGGUGUUGUAACUUCUUAUAUGGUCAUUUUUGGUUAAAAUACAAGAUAUAGGCCUUACCUAUGAUACUUGACAACAUUGUCCCUGUUGCUGUAGGUUUGCUGUUAUACCUCUCAUUCACUCGUACCAUCGGAAUGGCGUGGAGGUCACAUGGAAAAGACAAUGCUGACAUGGUACGGAAUUUAAAAGCUAAUGGAAUAAUCCGCAGCAAAAUUGUUGAAGAAACUAUGCUUAAAGUUGAUCGUGGGCAGUUUGCCCGGGCAAACCCUUACAUGGAUGCCCCCCAGGGUAUAGGCUAUGGUGUAACUAUCAGCGCACCUCAUAUGCACGCCCACGCCCUGGAGCUGCUGAGUGGCCACCUGACGGAGGGGGAGCGCGCCCUGGACGUGGGCUCGGGCAGCGGCUACCUCACCGUGUGCAUGGCCCUGAUGGUGGGCGAGACGGGACGUGCCGUCGGCAUCGACCACAUCCCGGAGCUGGUCAACUUCUCGCGGGCGAACGUCAUGAAGGACCACGCGCACUUGCUGGAGAGCGGGCGGGUCAAGCUCGUGGUGGGUGACGGUCGUCAGGGCUACGAGGAAGAUGCCCCGUACAAUGCCAUCCAUGUUGGGGCCGCGUCGCCGAACCUGCCUAAAGCACUGAUGGCGCAGCUGAAGCCGGGCGGACGGCUGAUAGUGCCGGUGGGGCCGGAGGGCGGCAACCAGCAGCUGGAGCAGAUCGACAAGAGCGCUGACGGCACGGUGACGCGCACGCCGCUCAUGGGCGUGGUGUACGUCCCGCUCACGGACAAGGAGUCCCAGUGGCCCGGCAGACGGCCAUCAAGUCCUUGCUGCAAGUGGUGCUGCCAAGUGGCGUUGAACAAAACAAGUUUUAAUCCUCCCUUCCAGCUCACUUCUGAUCGGUGGGUUUCGGCUGAGGCUGGUGGUGUUGCGACGUUGCGUGAGGCGUCUCUGCCUGCUUGCACCCCUAGCAAGUCUUCGUCCCUCCGUUGUGUCGUUCUGCAGGUACUUUUUACUUGCAUUUCGCUUACUGAAAGAAAAUGAAGGAAAUUGCUUUGUAGAACUUUAUUUCAUUGGAAGAUAAAAAAAUAUAUAUAUAUAUAUUUUUUUCAAUUGAGAUACUGUAACAAGUUAUGAAGUAGUCAGUUGAAGUUAAAGUUUUUAGUUAAUAUGUUGUAUGCAGGAAACCACAUUUUAUGUAUGAUCAUUGAAACAUGAACUUUUUUGUAAAUUAAACUACUUAAGUUUUGCCGAAGUGAAUUAUAUUUUCAUUGGUAGAAAUUACAGUCAUUUUAAACUAUGUUUGUUUGUAUAUGAAAUGAUAUCUUGUUUGUAUAGUUUUGUGUGUUAACUUAUUAUUUAUUGUAGAAAUGUGAUUAUGUUUGAAGUGAGCUUUUGUACGUAUAUUUAUCAGUUUUCUAAGGUCUUGGAACUGAACAUUCAUUCAACAGUGUUAGUAGUUCUGUUACAUAGGUACAGAAUAAAUUUAAUAAAUUUUAUUUCUUUGCAAAUAUUUAUUCAUUUCUUUAAUUUAAAAAAAAAUUCACUCUAUUUUGAUGAUAGUAUGCUAAAACUAUUUAUAAUAACUGUAAAUGUACAUAGUGUUUGAAACAUCUGUACAGCACUGUAUAGUGUAACAGUAUUCUAUUUACUGAAAGUUAUUUUUGAAUGUUUAUAGAUUUUACAUGGCUAAAACAUUACCAGUUUACAGUUUUAAAAUAUAAGACAUAACCAGUUGGUAAACAAUAUUGCCAGUUGUCCAUUUUUAGAAUUUCAUGAUAACUAUAUUUUUUAUAAUUUAUAAAAGCACUGCAAUUAAUGACAAAUUUCUGUACUUUAUAAAUAAAUAAACUGUAUAUGUAAUAGUUUCUAUGCUUUGCACAAAAAUAAAUAUUUAACUAUGUAUAAUUUUUUUUUUGUAGAAGAUAUAAGUAGGUGAACAGUUUGACUAAGCUGUCUAGUAUGAAUAGUCAAACUUUACAAUUAUGUAAUUCUUUAAUUCACUCUUUUUAAGUUAAGCUAAGUAAAUUUUUUUUUGCCAUAUUUAAAUGUUUUCUGAUAGACAUUUAGUUUUCGAUAUUACAGCAUUAUUUAUGGUUUUAUUUUUAGUGUGGUCUUCAACAUUAAACAUACUAUAUGUUCUUGUUUAUACUCGGAGUUAGUACAGCUCAAUUACAUAUGUGCUUAUUUUGAAAACUUUAAUGUUUAUCUGUUAAUAGUGUGUUUAGUAAAGAAUAUUGAAAAUAAGUGAUUCAUGAUAGUACAUUUUAAAAGUCUAGUCUAUUUUCGUUCAUAUUAUCUUUGGAUGUAAACAUCAAAUUCUCAAUUAUUUGUCUUUAUGAUACUGCAGGAUACCCAAAUGGAUAAUUUAUCACUAAAAAUCUGAAUUAAUCCAAUAUUGACAGGUUUUUUUUAAACCUUUAGCACAUUUUCAAAACUUGUAUUGUAAAUGGAUUUAUUAAACUACAUUAAAUGACCAAA